CAUUUGCACUCAAGACGGACACAUGGAUUUCGAGAUAGCGAGCAGCAGUACGAAACCGGACUUGAACCUGGAUACCCUCAGGCUCAGAGACCCAAGCUGUGGACCCAUCUCCUGGUCGGCUUCGAGAGACCGAGUCCACUUCCGUGUGCCGCUGAACGAUUGCGGGACCACACUGAAGGUUGUUGGUGAGAAGAUGGUUUAUGAAAAUGAAGUGAGUUCCUUUUGGCCAGAUCAACCCCCACGCUGGAUCUCAAGAGAUAGUGAUUUCAGGUGA